GCUGUCAUUCAUCAAAUUGAUAUAUUUAAAUUACUAUGCCAUGGACAUCAACUUGCUUCAUGGCGAAGAGAAUUCCAAAAUGAAAUUUAUUCGUUGCAAUUCAAUUCUUGGAAUGAAAUAAGAACAUAUUGUAAUCUUGAAAAAAAUAACUAUGAAACAAUAGUCGAUAAUUCUAUUUCAAGCAUUAAUGAAAUUUCUUUGACAAGUAAUGAAUAUGAAACAAUGGAUAAUUCUGUGGAUAUAGUUGAACAAGAACAUAUGCGAUUAGGGAUUGGACCCGGAGAUUUUCUCAACGGGUCCAAUCUCUAUAUGCGAUUAUGUCAUGUUCUAAGCAAGGCGCAACGUAUUCUUGAUGAAUCAAAGGUUCUUCAUAAUCGGCAAAGGUUUCUUGAUAAUAUAGAAGAAAAAUUAACUCCUCUUGAAAAUUUAGUUGAAGAUGUUUUGCAGCAUGAAAGAAGACGUACAUUACCACGAACGUGGAAAGAUAACAAUAUAAAUACACAAUAUUAUGGUUAG